UCUGUCGUCCUUGGACGUUGGCGAGUCGUGUCAGGAGCUUUUUAGAGCCGCACGACUCAACUAAGAAGACUGAAGGAAGUGUUCCUGCCAGUCCUGUCCUGGAUCUGUGUAGUGGUGUGGCAGAGGCCAGAACCGACCAGCAGCCAUGGAUGACGUAUAUAAAGCAGCGGUAGAAAACUUGACAGAAGAGCAGAAAAAUGAGUUCAAAGCCGCCUUUGACAUCUUCAUCCAGGAUGCUGAGGACGGCUGCAUCAGCACAAAAGAGCUGGGGAAGGUGAUGAGGAUGCUGGGACAGAAUCCAACUCCAGAGGAGCUACAAGAGAUGAUAGAUGAGGUGGAUGAGGAUGGCAGCGGCACAGUCGAUUUCGAUGAAUUCUUGGUCAUGAUGGUGCGCUGCAUGAAGGAGGAGAGCAAAGGAAAAUCAGAGGAGGAGUUGGCUGAACUUUUCCGCAUGUUUGACAAGAAUGGAGAUGGUUACAUAGACUUAGAUGAGCUGAAGUCCAUGCUGGAGUCCACCGGAGAGGCCAUCACUGAGGACGACAUAGAGGAGCUGAUGAAAGAUGGAGACAAAAACAACGAUGGCAAAAUUGAUUAUGACGAGUUCCUGGAGUUCAUGAAAGGUGUGGAAUAAAAGAUUCUGGAGGGGCUUCACUUCACAGCAUCUUCACUGGGCGUUGGUGGUGUCAUCAGAGUCCUUUCCUAAAGACAUGCCCCCAACCUGACUUUACACAUAUUCUGCUUUCUGAUAACGGUGAUGAAGUGUCAUAUAGAAGGUCUAUUUUCAAUAAAAGUAUUUCUAUAAUUGUG